GUUUACUGUUUAAUUACACAAAAAACAAAGAUUAAAAAAAAAAAGACAGGAGAGAGGGAAAGAGGUGACUGAAAAGGAUAAAAGAGAGAAAAUCGAGGAAGAAGAAAAGAAGUCAUGGUUAUGUCGAGAACCGCAAUUUCUUCAACCCAUCAUCCUCUUCCGGUGCUGCAGCUUACAAGCGACGCAAUUAAAUUAAAGCAGAUUAUCAUUCUAUUUCACCAUUCUUAUAACAUCUGUACUUUUCAUGUCUUCAAUCUCUUUUCCUCUUUUUCUUAAUCGAAUUUGAAGUAUUUUUUGCUGGAUUGUAAUUUUGAUCAAUUGAUUACGACUUGAUUAUUAGAUUGGUGUGGAUGACCCUGACUUGUGUAUAAUUCAUUGCUUACUGAUAUUGAGGUAAUAAAGAUUUGGGCUUCUGAUUAUGGUCGGGAUUAGAUUGCUUGGUUUUUUAUGUGCAAAUGGUUGUGGUUGAAGACGUGAGUGUUUGUUCUGUGAAUUCGUGUUUAUUGGAAUAAUUCUUUUGGGUCGGAGCUGUGGAUUUCUAGUUUUCACUCUGGAAAAUGGAAUUCAAUCUUUUAGGACGCCUAGAAGUUUCUAUGGAAUUCCUCUUUUGGAAAAUGAAGAGAUGAGUCAAAUUGAUGGACCAUCGCCAAUAGAUUGAUAGGGUAGUCAAACUUGAAGACAGAGCGAUCAGUUCAAUUUUUUAUAUAUAGCAGGAUUAGAUUACUUCACGAUGGGUUUGCCUCACAUAUCGUCUGGUGAAUCUAAUGAGGAGCGCUUGGCACAAUUGAGCCAGCAUACUCAAAAUACUAGCCAUCUUAGAAUUGUAAGCACGUGUGAUGUGGAUGGGUUGUGUGUCGGACACGUAAGCGUACCACGCAGGAAUUUGUAUAUCUCUUCAACAGGAGGAUUCUCCAAGAGGAGAAAGGAGGAUGCAGGUACUUCGGAUGACCCUCUUAAGACAAGAAAGAACAGAGACAUUGUGCCUUAUGUUCCUAGAGGGAAAUUUGUGCCAGAGGAUAUUGGUUGCCAGAAUGCUAAGCAAGAUGUGGAUGUAACUCCUGUUUCUAGAGUUGUAGGAUUUCAAGCAAAUGAAACUCCGGUACGCUGUGGGAAAUUGAGUAACAGCGGUUCUUGUGAUGAGGUUACUCUCGAUGUGAAUGAUACUGAAUCUUGUGGUCUAGCAUUUCGUAAGCGAAUGUUGUCACCUUUGACCCAAUUGAUUUUCCCAGGCGACUGCAAACGCGAUGCUUUGAACCUUGGAUACGGGAUGUUGUCACCUGUCACUUCAGAAAAAAUAUGUAGUGCAAGGGAUCAGGAACUUAAGAAAGAAAAUGCUGAAUCAAAGAACCAAUUGAGUACCCCAAUCUCGUCAUUCACUUAUUCCAGGGAGUCAAUAAAUGCAUCUUACGCAAGCGGUAGAAAGGCCUCAUAUUCUUUGAUUGAUGGCCCAUCACCAAGACAGCAGGAAUCAUCUGAUGUCUUUUCAUCCUCUCCCGGACUUAGCAACCUAGAAAUUUCAAGCAUAUCAAGAAGUCAUGUUGGGGGUAAUUUUAAAUGCAUGGAGAGAAUGACCUCCCAUUCUCUUCCAUCAUCUCCCCUUGGUCGGAAGUCUUGUGAAAGGCUGGAAUCUACGGAUGACUUUAAAACUGUUAACAGACAGUUUGAGAGUGACUAUACAGCAAUUAGUAGUACUAGACUGUCACUUGAUGGAUCUGGUGCUGGCAUACCCUUGUCUGCUGAAAAAGAGGGGUGUAAUGUCAUUAGAAAGUCGAUUGAAGACUUUCUGUCAUCGUCCUUGGAUUCUGAUGGAGAGUGUAUUUGGCCAAAUUUUCAUGAUUUGGCCCCUAGACUUCAUAGCAUAAAACCAACUAGAACUUUGAGUGGGCAUUGUGUGCCAAGGUCUUUGGUAGGCUCAUUUGAGGAAUCCCUAUUAUCUGGUAGAUUCUCCUUUGGUAGUUAUCAGAAAAUCGAUGGCUUUCUAGCUGUUCUUAGUGUUACCGGCGGAAAUUUCUCGCCAAAAUCCCAGAAACUUCCAUUUUCUGCUACCAGUAUAGAUGGAGAUAGCUACUUGCUCUACUAUGCAUCUUUAGCACUUCCAGGAAAAUCUGCUUCCAAUGGUAGUUAUGGCCACAAGUUCAGAAGAAGUCUUAGCAAUAAUGAUGCAGGAUUUGUCGACAAUCGACUCCGCAUUCCCGUGAAAGGACGGAUACAGCUCGUCCUCAGCAAUCCGGAAAAAACUCCCAUUCAUACCUUCUUUUGCAACUAUGAUUUGAGUGACAUGCCUGCAGGUUCCAAGACAUUCCUGCGCCAAAGGAUCACGCUUGCAUCCACUAAAACCCUGCUGAACCUGAACAACGUAAAGUAUGUGAGAUGACAGUGAACGAGAAGAUUUUAGCAGCGUUAGAUACCGAUCCUUCAGUGGGACAUGACAUGCCAUUAAGUGCAUGUGAAGAGAACCCUAAAUAUACAAGUAGCCCAGGAUUGACUUUUGAAGUCAAAGGUCAUGAAUGCUCUAACUUAAAAGGUUUUGUAGGCAAAGGAGAACGAUAUAAUGUUCCCAGAAACCCAAGACAUAUGGACUCUACUUUCAGUGACUACAAAAGUGAAGGUCAAGACACUUGCAAUGAAAAUUUUGGCCAGGAUACUUGCUAUGUGGCUGAGAGGAAAGCCUCACUCGGUACAUUUAAGGUUAAAGAAUAUUGCUGCCAGGGUGCAUGCAAUGUGGUUGACGCCAAAGUCUCACUUGGUACAACUAAGGCUAAAGAGAACCUUAAAGGUUCUGGAGCCCUACGUUAUGCUCUGCAUCUUCGUUUCUUGUGCCCUCCACUCAAAAAGUAUUCUAAGUCAGUACAGGGCCUCAAAACUGAUCCUGUACAAUCUCCAAUAAAUAAUUCCGGGGAGAAGGAACAAGAAAGGAGAUUUUACUUGUACAAUGACUUGAGAGUUGUAUUUCCUCAAAGGCAUACAGAUUCUGAUGAAGGCAAGUUGAAUGUGGAAUAUCAUUUCCCAGCAGAUCCAAAGUACUUCGAGAUUGGCGACUGAAUUAUGUGCAUUUCCAACUCCCAUGGAUGCAUAUCCAAAAUACCCUUCUUUUUUUCCUGACUCUGUACAUAUUGUAAUCAGCCUGUAAAUAUAGAUCUUUCUAAGUGAUUCCAUCUUGGAAUCUUCUCAAAAUUAUGUUCUUCUGUACAGUGGACUUGGACUCUACUUAAUAAACAAGAUAUUUUAAUUCA